AUGGAUAACUACAACAAUUUCGACGGAACCUUCGACUUCGGUUCUUUUAUCAACUUCCCUGAAGAUAACACCAUGGAGUCCAACAACAAUGCGGACUUCCGAUUCCCUACCCUGGAAGGCUUCUCCGCCGACCCAUUGAGCUUCUCGGACGUGCAGCUCCUUCCAGGCUGGGACUUAUCUCAGUACGAUGCCAAUGCCAACACCUUCGAUAGUUUUGGAUACUCCGCCUCUUCGGUCAGUGAAAGUCCCGUCACGACCAACCCGGACUCGUUUGCACCUCAAGCGGAAGAUUUCCGUUAUCUCGUAGAUUCACGAGCAUCUGCAGACCACAGCGCACGUUCUAUGAAGCAAAAGCGAAGGGAUGCAGCCAUUGAUCUACAUCUUGAGCGGUUUAUGGCCUCUCAUUCUGAUUCUCAAUUGUUUCCCAUUGGCUCGGAAUUUUCUUAUUCUGAUACACCUUCAGUCACAUACUCUCAUGAGUCAUCACGACAGAGCCCGGUUGCGAAUACACCGGCCUCGUCAACGUCGAGUAGUGACCAAUCAACGGUCCCUCAGACAGGUGGCCGUGAACUUGUCUUUGAUAUCAAUCUGAAUACCGCUACGAAUCUUCCAAAGAAACAGAAAAAGCGCACAAAAGCGCAGAUAGAAGAUUACAUUAACGCUCGCCGCAACGGCGCUUGUUUGAAGCAUAAGAAGCAACACAAGAAGUGCAACUGCCACGAAAAACAAUCUGCAAAGAGUCAUGUGGAUGCCAAAGCAAGGAAGCAAAGGGCGACAUUGUCCAAAAUUCCUGUGCCUGCUCCAGGAGUCAAGCCCACUAUUGUCGAGGCUCCAGCUCUUUCCUGGUCGUCUUUCAUGCCUUCAGUCUACUCUCAUAUGGAUGAUCAACCAUUCAACGAGGAAACCGACCGUGACUGGGCACUCUUGGCCGACUGGGAGCGGUGGGACGAUCUGGAACACACAUCCAUGGUAAAGAUGUCACAACAACAAAACUCUCAGACAGUGUCUCACGGGUCGUUACUACCUGGUCGUCCCCGUGCCCCUAAUACGCCAGGCCUGUCGGUAUCCGCAAAUCUACAACCCAAUGUUGGAUACUCGGCAGGCGGAGACGGAUCAUUCAAUCACUUGCUAGGGCUGCGCAACGAUACUAGCGAUCGCCAUCCACUCAAUGCUGGCCAACUAGUCACUACAGCAGGAACACUUUCGGUCCCACUGCGUCGCACCGAACGCACAUCUGUCUGGGGCCAAAAUAUUUCAUCUGUACGGUCAAGUGUAUCGAUAUCCAGCCAAUUCGUACGACAAAACGGCACAGUACGGCUAUCCACCCCGAUCCAGCAAGGAUUACCAACGGCAAGCGUACUGGUUCAAUUGGAAACAUCUCGCCGUCCGGGAGACACAUCUGGUCUCAUGUGGAACAAUUCACCUCUACGGCCAGGUGUACUGGUAUCGAGCGCAAUAACCAUGUUAAACGCACAACAGCAGCCAUCGGCCCCAGCUCCGCGGGUCCUACCAGCAGUGCCACGGGCCCACACCGCCUCACAAGGACUGCCGAUGGAAUCUUCCGUGUCAGUAGCAAGCGCAGCAGGCUGGGAGCAACAAACCGGGCCAAUUUCAACUAUCCCGCAACGGCCGCCUGUUGCGUCAGUACAACAGGUCACCCAGCCCCGGUCCGCGAUGGAUGUACUGGCGACAGUGCUCGCUCCAUCUUUCCAGAAUACCUUCAGCGAACUCCAGGCAACAAACUUUGUCGAUGCAAUGUUCAAAGACGUCUCCCAGGCAGCCUUUGUGGUUGUCCAGCAAUACUACAGUAUUUUCGCAGCCGUCUUAUCCUCGGCAUGCUGGAUGUCAGGACUUUGUGUUGUGGCUUUACAAGGCAUUGGCCAACUUGCGAUGCUGUUCCGUUCAAGCUUUUAUCACCUCGCUGGGGAAGAUUUCCGCUAUCACAAGUCGCUAACAACUACUUGUGCUGCAGAACUCUCUACUUCGCUGUCUUUUGGUCACCCGCUUGUCCUGAAUGUUUAAUCACGUUGGCAUGAUUACUUCAGGCUUAGCACCAUCGAUCAACCGUCGCAAGUGAACAAGAGAGGAUUAUGACAUGAAGAGAUCCAACAAGCCGUUAGUGAAACCUAGUCGAGAUACCUAGCAAUAGCAAAAUGAUAUUGAUUCUUCAUUUCAC